CCAGUCCCCUUCGUCCAUCGCUCAUUCCUUACCGCUGUUUCUGUCCUUUAUUCCGCUUUCUCUGGCUGGUCGAUGAGCUCCGCUCUACCAUGAUCCUUCUCGACGAAGAAGACCAGCAGCAACGUAAGCUUCGACCGUCCUCCGUCGCUGGUCCGACUUCCAGAAACCCAGAGGAACCUGUUCCCGGACGGGACCCUUUACCUGAUUAUGAAACAUCACAAGCACUGCAGGAGAAUGAGUCGCAGGAGAGUGACAUAGUAACUUUGAAGAAGAAGGCGAAGAAGAGGCGGAAGUGCGUUUACUUGGAUUUCAAGUCUGAUGCGAGGUUUUGGAGAGCGACGCUGUAUGCCCUCAUCAUCUACAUUCUCAUCACACUGGCGGUUGGCGUGCCGCUGCUCAUUAUUCGGUUACGGCGGCGCGAGAAGUCGAAACCUUUUCCCGUUCCAUGGGAUGAAAGUGCUGCUGCUUUGCUCGCCCUCCCCAUCACUGAAGGUCAGGUUGUUGACUGCAAUACAUGGACAAUUGAUGGAGGGAGCCGGACGUCGAGCUUGGAGUACAGAUUUCCUGUCUCAAGCUCGAUCGUCUUCAAGUCCAAUGUGUCACAGGAUAUGGACUCGCCUCGCCUCAUCCAGGGACAGCUGGCCAUUGACCUGAACCAGGACCAUACGGAGCAAGAUACGCUGGUCUUUGUCAACCUCAACUAUUCCAGCGAAGCUAUAUUGAAAGAGACGAAUGUUUGCCACAUCAGGGGCCUAGGUAGUGAUGGAGUUUCCAUAACCGUACCUAGAAACCUUGCUAUGACAGAUUCGUUACACUUCGACAUGACCGUGCUUCUUCCUUCCAACUCCGCUAAUCCUGUGUCCAUCGAAGCACUCGUCACUUUCCUUCCGUCCUUCACGCAGAAGAUUGGCUCGUUAUAUCCUCAAGUUAACUUCGAGAAGAUAACCAUCGAGGGUCCCAUGUCUGCCAUUACUGUUGGUUCCGUGCAAGCGGACAAUGUCGUAAUGAAGAGCUCACUUGCACCUAUCUCCGGCACGUUCAAUGCCUCCAGCUCCCUCAUUCUUGACACCAUUGCUGCCCCCAUUGACGCCAAUAUUACCCUGGUCAAUCCUCGGAAAUGCGGCAAACCUACCAUCAUGGAUAUCAGCACCGGCAAUAGCGGAAUCGACGCCAAUGUCACUCUUGUACUCACAGCACCGCCAACUACAACAUCCAGCCUCCCUCCCCAAUUCCUUUCCGAAGUCACCACAUUCAGCGGCAACCUCAACCUCAGCAUCGCCCACGACCCAUCCACCCCUCCAUCACACAUGCACCUCCGGUCCCAAAAUAACCUUGGCCAGUCGAGCGUCACCGUCGACGAGAAGUUCGAGGGCACGUUCUCGGUCAUCACAAAAUUUGACGAGGCGAAUGUGCUAGCGGCCAAACUGUCGGCAUCUGUCGAUCCGCUGGGACAGGGACGGACACGGACGUUUGAGUUAGACUAUAAUACUACCUCGCGGAUGGACGGGUGGAUAGGGUGGGGGGCGCGACCGAAUGUAAAGUGGUCGCGGCGGACGGGGCAGGGGCGCGUGGAGGUGGUUUCAUCGCUGAGUCCUGUGCUGCUGAGACUGGGUGAGCCAUAGCCCGCGUGGAGCUCAUAGACUGUUGUGCUGUAUCUGUACCAUAUAUCAUUUAGGCUUGUUCACAGGGACAUAUCGCAAUCUUGUAUUAAUCACACAUUUGCAUUUAUACAUACGAUUGCAAAUACGGCGGACUCGUCCUUCCGUC